AUGGCCGAGAAGCUCACCUUUUCUGCAGAGCACGCGGCUUUGUUGGAGCCUCACCUGCCCCCGACCGUGGCGCCCGAGGAGGAGGGCUCCGGCAUCUGGGUGACGCUCACGUACGCGCAGUCGCUCGACUCGUGCCUGUCUCUCGCGCCGGGCGUGCGCACGCGGCUGUCCGGGCCCGAGUCCAAGGCCAUGACGCACCACCUGCGCAGCCGCCACGACGCCAUCCUCGUCGGCGUCUCGACGCUGCUCGCCGACGACCCCGCGCUCAACUGCCGCAUCGCCGGCGCCGAGCAGCAACAGCCCCGGCCCGUCGUGGUCGACCCGCACCUGCGCUGGACGCCGAGGCUGACGGACAAGGUGCUGGAGGCGCAGCGGCGGGGCGCCGGCCUCGCGCCGUUCGUCGUCACGGCGGCGGAGAGCGGGGUGUCCGCGGAGGCGGCGCACGUGCUCGAGCAGCACGGCGGCAAGUACAUCCAGCUGGAGUCGGCGGCGGCUGGGCCGGAUGGGCGGCUGCAGCUUGACUGGCGGACGGUAUUUGCCAGGCUGGCGGAGGAGCAGGGCAUCGCGAGCGUCAUGGUGGAGGGGGGCGGGCAGGUCAUCAACUCGCUGCUGGCCCCAGCCUGCGCUGGGCUGGUGAGCUCGGUCAUCGUGACGAUUGCGCCGACCUGGCUGGGCCAAGGAGGAGUGGUCGUCUCGCCGGCGCGCGUGCACGAUCGGGCAGGAUCACCAGCACCCGCGGCUCGGCUGUGUGACGUCGUGUGGCAUCCUUUUGGCGACGACAUUGUUCUAUGCGGCAGACUUGAACGGCCACAAUAA